GGAGAAUAGGGUUUUGUUGCAAGUUAUUUUAGAGCCGUGAUCUGUGAUUCUUUGCAGCCGAACAAAUAUCGAUGCAUAGGGUUUUGUUGCCGAUGGCGGAAAGCAGUGUUGAAAGAGGUAGGCGGCUGAAACGGAAACGGAAACGGAAACAUGUCGUUGAAACAGUUACCCGGCUGUUGCAAUCGGAACUCAAAGAUCUUCUUAUGGUUAGGGUUUUGUUGCCGGAAAGCAGUCUCGAAAGAGGUAAGAUGCUGAAACGGGUACGGAAACAUGCUGUUGAACAUGUUGUUGAAAGAGUAAUCCGGCUUCUGAUAUCGGAACUGAAAAAUGUUGAUGAUCUUGUGGGUAAUUUUGAAAGACGGCUGAAAUCGGAAUGGAAACAUGUUGAAGAUGAUCUUGUUGAAAGAGGUACGCCGCCGAAAUCGGAUUCGACAUACAACAAACAAAACAGAAACUCCAGGAAGAAACAAUUCGUGGCUGAUAGAAAAAAACAAUUCAGGGCUAAUAUGGCGGCUCGGAGAAAACAUCGAAAAUCUCGAAACCUAAGUGAAUAUGAUGCUGUUUACCCUCCACUAAUUUUACCACCACUUUUACGACCAAUUGGUGGUAUCGGUCCCUAUUCCAUAGACGGAGUAAAUAGCGGUCGUAUAGCUGGAUAUUGUAAAACUGCUUUGAAAGAGUUCAACGAAUGCAAUCAUCAGGAUCCAAAAUUUGAUUUUGAUGGCCUUGUCAAGGCAACCCAUAGGCUUCCUACAACGUAUUUUAUUACCUUUAAGGCAAAAAAACAAGAUGAUGCUUCCCCAACAAUUUUCCAGACCAAUAUUAAGGGGAAGUUUGAUCGUUCCUUUGAGGUCAUCUCUUGUGCCAUCAAAAAAGACUAACCAGAUGAUUUGUUCAGGUUUCUGAAGCUCAGAAUGGUGGCCUGACUGGAAACAGAUGAUUUGUUCAGGUUUCUGAAGACAGUCGAAAAGAACGUUAUGGGUCAAAUUCCUCUAUUUAUUUCCAACCAAAACUAUUGAUAUGUGCUCGUCAAACCAAAACUACUGAUAUGCGUUUUAUUGUCUUGUCUUUUGUUCUUUUGGGGCUUAGGUGGCCACAUUCUGUAUCAAUGCUUCUGGUCACCUAUGGGUGACAACAUGCUGAGCAUUUGUUUUUGAAACUCUAGCACUGAGCAGAAACAAUAGUUUUCAACAUCUACUAAGAUACUAAGAUGCUGUGUGCUAUGCUAUUAUGCUAUUCUUGCGUAGUACAACUACAACAUUUCAGUUUCUUUUAUUUUUAUAUGAAUAUGCUUUUGUGGUA